AUGCCCAAAAAAGAGAGCAUUCUCAAACGACACUUUAAACAAAUGCUGAAGAGUAGCAGCAGCAAUAACAACAACGGAUCCACGGCUGAUAUGGGUUCAGGACCCACUAGUCAAAAGAAAAAGAAGAGAAAACAUAAUAAUAGUUCAGAUACGGAUAUGAAAACAUUAUCGGAAGCACAAAAGGAAAAACAACUUUCCGAAGAAGAAAAUUAUGAUGAGGAAUAUAAUCAUGAUGAUGAAAUUGGUGAUGAAUAUAACGAAGAGUAUGAAAAUGAUGAAAAUUAUGAUCAGGAAUAUGAAGAAAACCAUGACGAUGAUAUGCAUGAAGAGAACGCUUCCUGGUCAACAACAAGCCCACAAGAUAAUAUAUCAUCCAACAGCUCCAAAAACAAGGAAAAUUCAAACUCGAAAUCUGUAACCGAACCCACUCGAAUCCAACAUGCAAUCCUUCCUCCAAAGCCUAAGCCUCUUCAUAGAAUUGAUCUCGGAAAGAAAUGGAGUGCUCUUAAUAAUCCACCCAUUCAUAGUGAGCUUCUUUCGAUCAUACAUGACGAUUUCAAAUUUACUCACAUGUCUCCAGUCCAAGAAAACACAAUUCCUUUAUUAUUGAAUAAUAAGGAUGUUGUGGUUCAAGCUCUUACUGGAUCUGGUAAAACUCUAGCGUUUGUGAUCCCAAUCUUUCAAUAUAUACUAACACGACAAUUUGAAGGAAAGGUUCCGACUGAAGAGGAGAUGGCCACACGAAGGAAGAAUGUCUAUUCAAUCGUAUUAUUGCCAACACGUGAGCUUGCAAGACAAGUGUAUGAUGUAGCAAACAAAUUUGCUUCAAAAACAAAUUUAAUUGUGAAAUUAUUUAUUGGAGGAGAGGAACGAGAAACCUUACAACCAGCAUCUGAGUUUUCACAAAGCUCUACUGAUAAGAUAUCCAAGUUAGAAAGCUCAUUUCUCGACUGUAAUAUUGCAAUCGGGACUCCAGGAAGAAUGCUCGAUUACUUAAAAUCCAAACUGUUAAAAGUGAAGCUUUUAGAAAUUUUAAUUAUUGACGAAGCAGAUAUUAUUUUGAAUAUGGGUUUUAGACAGCAAGUUGAUGACAUAUUGUCACAUCUUCCCAAGCAACGUAGAACAGGAUUAUUUAGCGCAACUCAAACCAGUGAACUUGAUGACUUGGUUCGUUCAGGUCUUAGAAAUCCUAUGAAAGUGACAGCAGUGGAGACUCAUGAGAGCAGCGGAUCUGACAAGAAAAAAGCCACAGUACCCUCUCAAUUAACUAAUUUCUACAUGUACUGUGAUUACAGACAAAAGCUAAAUUAUUUGAUACAUCUCCUCAAGAAUGAUGAUCCAAUACCGAGUGGAAACAGCAUUAUUGUUUACUUUUUAACAUGUGCCUGUGUUGAUUUUUAUUCGAAACUCUUUCGAGAAAUUUUGGGAAAGAAGGACUUGCAAUCCAUUCAAUUGUUUUCAUUGCAUGGUCAAAUGGUUCAAAAGAGACGAAAUGCCGAACAUCAAUCUUUCAAGACUGCAUGUGAAGAAAUUUCGAAACAACACGAAAGUAACAUCUCCAAUGAAACUAGUAAUGAAUCAUCAAAUACCACUACUAAUGUUUCCAAUAGUAAGAAGGCAGUCCUUUUUUGUACAGAUGUUGCAGCAAGAGGUCUCGAUUUUCCAAGUAUUUCCACCAUUAUUCAAUUUGAUGCACCAACAAACCCAGAUCAAUUUGUACAUCGUGUAGGACGAACUGCGAGAAUGGGUAAGGAAGGCCAAUCCAUACUCUUUUUGGCACGUUUCGAAAAUGAUUACAUUGAUUAUUUGGAAUUUAAGAAAAUUCACAUGCAUGAAUUGGUAGCUUCUCAGAAUAUGAUUUCACACAAUUAUACUAAUAAGGAAACUCUCAAGAACAUUAUUUUGAGUGAUCGAGAUAUUUUCGAGAAGGGUGAAGAGGCAUUGAAGAGUUUUGUGAGAUCCUAUAAGGAACAUCAAUUGACAUAUAUUUUCAAAUUUGACAAGUUACGAUUUGAUCAAUUGUUGGAGGCAUAUUGUGUGUUAAAACGACCUACCAUUCGUGAAAUUAAGCAACAAAUGGAAAAGAUUGUACUGCCUUUUGCCAAAGAUAUUGCAGAUCCUGAUACUAUACCGUAUAAAGAUGUGAGAAGAGAAAAAUCAAGAUUAGAGCGACUCAAAAAACAAGAAGAAAACAAACAACUCUUAGAAGAACGUAAAAAGGAACAGUUGAAGGAGCAAAAAGAACAAAAGAAAAACUCUGUCAAUUACUUGAAGGAUAAAGUGAGAAAUAGAAGUGACUUGUCUUCGAGGGAGAAGAAACAAAUUUACAAUAGAAUUGAAAAUCAUGAAUUCAAUGAAGAGGCCAUGUUGUUGAAACGACUCAAGAGAAAGGAAAUUUCUGAAGAAGAGUAUGAAGAAUUGACUGGUGAAUCAAAAAUGGAAGAAGAAAUUCUCAAAAAACUUUCAGAAAGAAAAAGAAAACAAUUACAAACGCAAUUCAAAAAGAAGUAA